AUGGCACAGCGUGAGAACAGCAGAGGAACUGACCGCCUCACUCACGAAGACCACGAGGCUGACUCAGAGAACGACACCAGCAUGGUUCACAAUUUUAUCCACGCCGUCCGUCGUCCAAUCUCACGUCCACCUACCACAAUCGCUACUUCCUCUUCGGGUGCCUCUUCAGCCACAACCUUGACAACUGCCGCAUCGUCCGCGGCCUCGGCGACGUCUGUCGACUCGGUUUCAUCCGCAGAAGUCACCUUAACGAGACCUAUCGAUUCAAGGAUGUCGGAUGUGGAGCAAACCUCCUUGAACGUGGCUCCUUCUGUGCGUCAUUAUCCUCAGCUGCCCCUCCGUACCGCCCAAAACCGUGCCAGCCAACAGCACCCUCACCGCCAGGGCGCUGCCAUCCCACUGCCAGAACGCGAGGACUCCAGUCGAACCCGUGUCAUAACCUUUGGAACUCUGAAGAAAGCGUCCAUGCCCAACCGUGCCUCCACAUUGUCUCCUCCCUCGAUCGAGAAACACAGUGUUGAAAAGACUGACAAGACCGAACUUUCAGAGGACGACCUGCAGGUCCGGUAUACAGGACCUGGGAAGGCUGAUUCUGAUGCGUCUGCGAUUCGUGCCAACCGUCCAAUUCCUCCUCAAUGCGGGGUGUAUUACUACGAGAUCCUGAUCAAGAGCAACGGUCAGCAAGGGUACAUCGGCAUUGGUGCAUGCAAUGCAAAUGUCGCUUUGGACCGGUUGCCAGGUUGGGAACCAUUGUCCUGGGGAUACCACGGAGACGAUGGCAACGGUUUUGAAGGCUGUGGUAAUGGCAGACCCUUUGGCCCAGUUUUCACGACAGGAGAUGUCAUUGGAUGCGGUAUCAACUUUAGGAACAUGUCCCUGUUUUACACAAAGAACGGUAUCUAUCUCGGUGUCGCUUUCCGCAAUUUGAAAGGGCCUCUCUAUCCGACUGUUGGGAUGAGGACUUCUGGAGAGAUUGUAGAGGCCAACUUCGGACAGCGCGAGUUUGUUUUCAACAUUGAAGAAUACGUCAAGGAUGAAAAAAUGGAAGCAUGGCAGUCAUUAGAGGAUAAUCUGCAAAAGGAGGCGGCAAGUAAGAACCAAGUCGGCUUCCUCUCACAAAAUCUCAGCAAACUGGUUCUGUCCUACAUGAUCCACCACGGAUACUCGGAAAGUGCACGCCAGUUUGCUAGUGACCUAGCCCCCCAGAGUUCAAAUCAAAAGGGCCAUGGAACACACGGAUCUAGCGAAUUUGACUGUGCAUCGAUGGUCCAGGACACUGAGCGCCGGAAAGAAAUCCGGAAGACUAUCCUUUCGGGAGAUAUUGACCAAGCAUUGACUAUGCUGGAGGAGAGUUAUCCUGGAAUCACGACGAGUAACGAGGACAUGCUUCUUCAGCUACGAUGCCGCAAGUUUGUGGAGAUGGUCUCCUCCGCAUCGUCGCCUCUUCGUGCUUUGGACAAGCAGGCUCUCGCAAAGAUCCCCAAAGCUUCGGCCUCGGCGGAUGUCGAGAUGCAGGAUCAACAUGAGCCUGGAAGAUCUGAUAGUGCGAUGAUGGAUGUUGAUGGAAAGCCAUCGGAGAUUAAUGUAAUCGUAAACGAUGGAGCACCGCAGUUGGAGGGGUUGGGGCUUUUGAAGAAUGCGAUCCAGUAUGGCCAAUUUUUGCAGGAGCAGUACAAGAGUAAUAGGCGGUCUUGUGUUAAGACCAUGCUGAUUGAUGCGUUCUCGGUCUUGGCAUACUCGGACGCAGACUCGAGCAGCGGGCUAGGAGGCCACCUUGGAAGCAAAGCUGUCUCGCGCGAGAAGGUCGCGAGUACGGUCAACCUGGCGAUCCUUGCCUCACAACAUCUUCCGACGACGGCGCCUUUGGAGACUGUGUACCGACAGGCGACUGUUGCAUUGUCAGAGUUGACGAGACAGGGCGUUGGCGAGGCAGCGUUCUUUGACUUGAACCACGACUUGGAAUACAAACAUCUUUAA